CCCGGGGAGGUGGCGUAUGGCUCUGCUACAGCUCCUUCCCACUCCCUCUCCUCUGCCUUGCACUGCUUCCCUCCCCAAAAACCCGACAGGGGAUAAUGCUUCCUGAAUACAUGAUGAAGUGAGUAGUCAGGCUGGGCUCCGCCGCUGCUGCUGGGAGUGAGUGAGUGUGUGAGUCUGUGCAUUGAGGCAUCUCUGCACUGCAGCCUCCUCCUACAUCCAGCCAGAGAGAAAGAGAAAGGCACAGAGGGAAGGUGGCUUGUUGCAGUGCAAGGCACUGGCCCCUGCGAAGAAGCAAAUCCCCUGCAGCCACCCGAGGAAGGAGCGAAGCAGCCCCUGAGCAGGGAGGCAGGCAGCAGGCGCCAUGCUGAAUAACCUGACGGACUGCGAGGAUGGCGAUGGGGGUGCGAAUCAAGGCGAUGGCAACCCCAAGGAGAGCAGCCCCUUCAUCAACAGCACGGACCUGGAGAAGGGCAAGGAGUACGACGGCAAGAACAUGGCCCUCUUUGAGGAGGAGAUGGACACCAGCCCCAUGGUGUCGUCCCUGCUCAGCGGGCUGGCCAACUACACCAACCUGCCGCAGGGCAGCCGCGAGCACGAGGAGGCCGAGAACAACGACGGCGGCAAGAAGAAGCCGGUGCAGGCUCCACGGAUGGGCACCUUCAUGGGCGUCUACCUGCCCUGCCUGCAGAACAUCUUCGGGGUGAUCCUCUUCCUGCGCCUCACCUGGGUGGUGGGGAUUGCCGGCAUCAUGGAGUCCUUCUGCAUGGUCUUCCUCUGCUGCUCCUGU